GCAUGUUCUGGCAUCACCGUAUUCUUGUGAAGAAGAUCACAGCGGGGGUGUGGAUAGCGAUCGCCCCCGACCUGGAGCUCGUGCGUCACAACCUCUUGGAGCAGCGCCACCUGGUCCUGGACCGCAAUUCGAUGUUCCCUGCGAAUCGCCGAGGCGAGGUUUACGGCUUCGACCCUGUGCCUCGAGCUGAGAUUCUGGCUCUGAAGAGGCAAGCCGCAGUUCAGGCGGCAAUAUUGGGCGACGGCGACCAUGACGUCGAGAUGGAGAACUUCGUUUGGGUCGUCGCGGAGGUAGGUCACUCUCGGUUUGCCCAGCCCCUGGUCGAUGCAGAGUUAGACCAGGCUACCUUGGGCCAGUCCAAGGGCGUGGCGCUGGUGAACGGCCUUGAGGUGUUGGUGGGAAAGGUUCAGAGCAACCAGCUACAGGAGUGGAUGGCCUCGCGCAGCUCGGAGGGAGGAGACCUCCGCACGUUGGGCGACCAUCGGGACUCCGCAGGCCGCCGUCAUCUUCCGCUUUCGGACGCUGUAUCCCUGAUGCGCGAGACGAGCUUCGACGAUUGGGCCAUGCCUGGGCCGCGAGUUGCUAAGGAGUGGCUCGUUUCAGUUCGGAAUGGCCCUGGAGAUCUUUCUUCUUAUCACGGACAGUGGGUUCGCCGUUCGGGGGUCAGCGAGUCCUCGGCGGUGGCCCACAUUCAUUAUGUGCUGUGCGAGUCGGUUCGGUUGGCCAUUCAGACAGACCAGCUCGAUGUGACAAACUUGUUGAGCUUCGAACUCAUCAUGCGCAGGAUCUGCCAGGACGAGACCGCAGUGGCUCGCAACCUUCGCCAUCCUGAAUACGGUGGGCUGGAGAUUUUGCUUCGCGUUCCGACCGCCGAACAGGGCCAGGCGAGCACGAACAGGGUCACGGAGUGGGUCACGGGCCGUCUCAAGGAGCAGGCCGCGAUCUACAAGCAGACUCGGUUGUGGAACGAGGAGCAGCGGGCCAUGCAGAACUCUCGUGCCCCCGCAGACCUGUGCUGCCAGGAGCCGAAGAACCUCGCGCCGUUCGAUCUGACAAAGCUCAAGGUCGCAAAGGGGCGCGCUCGACCUCGCUCUGUGGCUAACUUCUUGCCACCUUUGCCUGCGGACAUGAUCCGCAACCCUGCGCUGUACAUCGAGAAGGAUGAGGGGGAGAUGGAGUUCAUGCGCCAGCACGCCGAUCCUAUUCCUGGGGCCCUGGCGGACCUCGACCUCUCCGUGGGUGGCGAGUCCGUCGACGGCGUCGGCAGUGUGAUAGGCUGGGGCCCCCGCGGGAACGAGGCCGAUGUCGAGGACUGCUUCUACAACUUCGCCAUCGAUGGCCUGGCGGAGUGGUUCGGUUUCGACGACCCGCUGCCCGCCGCCGAGAUCAGGGACACGUGCGGCAUCAAUGUCGGAGCGUUCUGGGACCCCGAGCUGAGCAUGAUGGUCUCCGUGGAAGACGACAUGGUCUUGUACCCGUGCAUGCGCGCUAUGUGCAUGGGGUGGUCCUGGGCUCUGUACUUUGCGCAGGAGGCCGUGUCCGCUAUGACAGAGCGGGCGCUGCGCUCGUCGUCUCUACCGACGCCUGCCAUGGUGAAGGAGCACCAUCCCGCCCCCGACUUGAAUGAGUCCAAGGUCAUGGGCAGCGUCUACGUGGACAACGUCGCUGUCUUCGGCAGGGACGCCUCUUUGGCUCGUGAGGCAAGCUCCGCCCUGCAGGCUGAAGCUGACCGAUCUGGUUUGCCUAUCACGUGGUCCUAUCCUGAUGUGGUGACCCACCUCGAGACCGUGGGCGUUGAGAUCGACCUCAAGAGGGGGAGGCUUCGCAACAAGGCCUCCCGAGUGUGGCGCUUUGACUUGGCCACCCGCGCUCUCCUGCGUCGUGGCAAGAUGCGAGGGGGGCGCAUGGAGGUCUGGCUGGGCCACGCUGUAUCGCUGCUGAUGCUGGCCAGGCCUGGGUACGCCGCGCUCUCAGCCACGUACCGGUUCGCCGAGGUCGACCUGGCUGCGCCCUACGUGCCGCACGUCUAUGCCAGCGACUCCGCCGACAACGGGCACGGCCUGAUGUACAAGAGGGCCUCGGUCGGGAAGGAGAAGUGGAGCUUCAGGCAGCACCUCCGAGGCCCCCGCGUUGGUCUGACUUCGGCCGCUGAUGUCGCUGAGAUGGGCGGCUACAAGGAGGCAGACGAGGCGCAGCUGGAUCACGAGGUGGAGCCCCGUUGCCGCUCCGCCGAGCCGAACGCUGGCUCCGCCCCUGCCACGGCCUUCGGCCAGUGGCUGCAGAGCAAGGCGGAGGAGGGCUCUGCCUCCGACAGACCUCACCGGCCUCGCCCUCGCCGUCUGCGGCGGCGCCCAGCCGACCCUGAGGAUCCCGACGCCGAGUGCCUCGGUCAGGUGGGCCCUCUGGCGCCGCCGCUGCCCGCCCCCUGGUUCGACUCGGAGGGCUUCGAGCUGGUAGCGGCGAGGCGCUGGCGCUGGCCUGGAGAGCACAUCAAUGUGAAGGAGACCCGCGCUGCUGUGAUGGGGCUGCGGCAUGCCUGUCGCGUUCGCCAGAAUUGCGGACGCCGCCUAGUUUCUCUCGUGGACUCCAUGGUAUGUGUUGGCUGCCUGGACAAAGGGCGGCCCAGCCGCUCAGCAGCUUUGAACGCGCAGUGCCGGCGAGCUGCGGCCUACACAAUCGGUUGUAGAGUGCGUUGGAGGCUGCGGUAUGUCAACGCGAAGUUUAACGUGGCCGACGCUCCAUCUCGUCGGUUCGAGCACAACUCCCCCGACAAAGGAAAUCGAAGCUUCUCUGCGUCGAGCGUCCUGUCCGUCUUCUACUCCAGCACCUUCGGUGACCAGUCGGCGUUCGAGGAGCUCGGCCUGCCAACUUACCCCUGCAUGGACAUCAAAGAUGGGGCUCACCAUGACCUCCUGGGCCCGAAGGCGCACCUGACGGCGGGGACCUGGAGGCCCGGCUUCGCGAUGCUGCGCGACGGCCGGCUUCGCGCGCCCGCGAGCGCCUCCGACCAGCUCGGCAGCGGCUUCAAGCGGAGCCUGACCUCGGGCUCGCUGGCGCCGCCGACUCAGGCGAUCUCGAGAGCAGGUUUGACCACCUGCGGCCUUUCAUCGUCUUCGGUCAGGACUCCAACCUCGAGGCAGCAAGGAAACAGGCAGCCCGCUCGAGGAAAGGCCCGAAAGGUCGCUGGCCGCCGCUCCCGCGUCUUUAGUUUCAUAGAGGCAAUCAAGGGCCGCAGCCUGAGCUUCGGGCCGAAGGCGCCAGUCCCUGUGGAUGGAGGUGUCGCCCGUUUUGACUCAAUCACCUCGACGUCGCUCGAGCGAUAUGGGACCGCAGCUCGCGAGUUUUUCGACUGGGCGACGCACUCAGAUGACCUCAGACAAGCUCCAGAGUCCGUUAUCGAUCAGAAAAUGUGCAAGUACUUCGAUGUUCUCAUGAGUGACGCUCGGCAUGCCGCUGAAGGAAGGUACACACUCUGGGGGUAUCUGACUUUCUUCCCGCGGUCGGACAUCGUCAAGUCCGCCCGGCUCGCGAUGGCUCGUGAGGCGAUGAAGGGCUGGGUCCGCAGGUUCCCUGGCUCCUCACGACAUCCGUGGCCGCUCUCGGUUUUCUACUUGUUCAUGAGUGUCUUUCUGAAGGACAGUCACACCGAGGCUGCCGUCGCCCUGGCCAUCCAACUCGAUGCCUACCUGAGACCUUCAGAGAUAUGCGAACUGCGGUGGUGCUCCGUGGUCCAGCCUUCGAAGCUCUCAUCUUCAAUGUCAAGAAACAAGUGGGCUGUUGUCAUUGGAAACUCAGACCUCAGUGAUACCACGAAGACUGGCGAGAGUGAUGACACUGUGGUUCUCGAUUCUAUCGGCCGCGAGUGGGUACGUUCCGUGCUUGCGAUGUGGGCUAGGCGCCGUAAGUCUGACGCCUGUUCUGAUCAGCUAGUCUUCCCGCACCUGUCUCUAGCCAAGUAUGAAGCACUUUUUAGGAAAUACAGUCGCUCUGUUCUCGGCAAGGUAGGGCACCUCACUCCCCGCGUGGCCCGUCAUUCAGCGCCUAGUCACGACGUGCUGGUGCGCGCUCGCAGUCUAGCAGUUGUUCAGAAGCGCGGGCGCUGGGCCCACGCCAAGUCCGUGAAACGAUACGAGAAGAGCGGCCGCCUUCUUCUCCAGGCCGCCCGUCUUCCUUCCGAGCUCGCGAGGCGAGCCGCUGCUGCGGAGGCCUCCAUCUUUCAGUGCUUUCAGGAGGCCCUCCAGUAA